AUGUCGGUAUUCCAAUUGUUGAUAAAACUAAACUACGAUAGUAAUGAUGUUGAAGAUCACCGUCAUGUGCCUACAAUCGCACAUUGCAAAAUAUUCAUAGUUGACAAUGGCAAUAUCAACAUGAAAUUUAGUACAGCUGUCAUAUCAAAAUGCAAAGUACACAAUUAUUGGGAAGAAGAGCGCAAAAGACUAAUAAGUUUAUCUGUAGAAAGUGAGUUUGAGAAGGGCUAAGGGUGCUAAAUGUAUAUAUGCCGUUUGUUUAUGAAUUAUUUCAACCUAGACACCACGCAACGCCUGAUGGUUUGUAUACUAACCAUUGAGCACAUGUGGGAUACAUUAGGAAGAAGGCUUAGGCAGUACUAUGGAGAAUUUCAAACUGUGGCUGCGUUGGAACAGGCGAUGGCAAACGAAUGGGGGCAAAUACCCCAAAACACGAUAGCUAGAGAGGAUGAGAUCUGUUAUCCAAGCCCGGGAAGGAAAUACUCGUUUUUGAUAACAAUUUCUAAUUACCAAUGACAUCAAUGUAAUUUUUUAAAUUAAAUUGUUUAUCGC